AUGGAGUGGUUUUGGACAGGUGGCGAUAACCGAUUGAUCGCCGAGCCCAUCCACCAUACGAACGGCGAAACCCAGCUCGACUUCGGUCGUGUCCGAGUCCAAAACGACGUGGACAUCACGUCGCGGAAAGACGUGAUGCCGCGAGGCAACAACUUUGACGCGGCGCUAAAGCUGCUGACCAAGGCGAGUUCUUGCGACCGGACUCCGUCGCAAGCGAUGAUGAUGAGAUCCCUGGGGCAGACGAAUACCGCGAUGCCGGCGGGAAGAGGGCCAUUAACACGAGGUGGGGCUCAUCGAGGGCCGGACGUCGCGACCAAGCACCGCCUCCUCGAAGCCAUGGCGAAGACACAUCAAAAUCUGUUUCCGUUGAUAUCGAGGGAAACAACCCACGAAACCCUUACCAUCGCGAUGAACCAGCCCGGCGGACGCUCCAACACGGUCGAAGACCCAUUCCACAAGCGAGAACUGCCGGACCACAAAUUGUCGCGGCUGAUCUCCCAUAUUGACUUUGAGUGCGACCAUAGCAAAAAACUUGCGACCGGACGACUUGGAGACGACUGGUUUGGACUGAGCCUUUGGCAGCACGAAGAAGGUCGGCGACAAUGA